AUGGAUUCGCUUAAUGUUUUGGGCUGCACCAGUCCUGUUAACACCGUUUUGAAAAGUAGGCCCGAGGGCAUCCCUGGGCUUUCCUCGUUCACUCUGCCCGAGUUGAGCACAAAGGACAUGCGCUGCAGAGACCUGUUUUCCCCUGGACCUGCCACUGUGAUGUCUCCCGUCACCAAUUUGGCUCUGGACAUGACCAAUUUUGGAUUCGGAAGAUGUGGUCAUGUAAUUCUUAUCAAUGGUUCUGAUGCGUAUAUUGAUCUGGGACACAAAUUUCUUCCUUCAGGCCUCGGUAUGGACCCCCCCAGCCCUAUGGAUGCUGUUGAAAUGGAGGACACAUUUGAAAAGGCCAUUCAACAGUCGCGCAGAGUUGUCAACGAGAGGAUGCCAAUUCGAAGAAACAACUCUUUGCCACUCCAGCUCCAGGGUUUCAGUCCAACUCUGAAGGGACAGGAACCAGAUUCCCACCGCUAUGGAAUAUUCGGACAACAGCCCUCCCAAAUCCAAAUGACCGCCUCCCUCACCUCUCAAUGCGACAAGGAGAACAUGCCGGAGGAGGGUUUUGAGUUCAAGAAACCCACCCGGCCGGUGGCACGGUGCCGUGUGCGCUCCUCUUCCGAUGCGUUCUCCCGCCGGCCCAGCUCAGCGCCGGCCCUCAUGUUUUCUUCACCCACUCCCAUCCAGCAGCUGGACUUUCAGGACUCCAGCCCCAUGUUCCUGAGACGUUCGUCUCUUAACGACGACGAGGACGACGGCUUCCUGGACGUCAUGGACGACCAGAUGGAGAACGACUCGGGGAUGCCGAUGGGCAUGGCCAGCUUGCUCACGGCCCCGCUGGUGGCCGACGGCUCAGGAGAGGACUCGCCUGUGAUUCGCUGCCGGCCCCGGAGCCUGUUUCGUUCCCCCUCCAUGCCCAGUCCCGUCUCGUACCGCUGCUCCAUGAAGCGCCCCGACUGCUCCGGAGACGAAAACACGCCGGUCAGGGUGAAGAGACGACGCAGCCUGGCUGGCAUACAGGUCACCCCCAUGGAACAAAACCCUGAAUCCCCGAGACUGGGCUGCUCUCUGCUCCAGAGGUCCAAGUCCUUCUGCCAGACAGACAUCGAGAAGCUGCUGGAUUGCCAGGUCGGUCCUAAUGAGCUCAUUGGAGACUUCACCAAGCCUUUUGUCCUACCCACAGUGGAAGGCAAACACCAAGACCUCAAGUACAUCACCCCAGACACGAUGGUGGCGUCUCUGUCCGGCAAAUUUAACCAUCUCGUGGAGCAGGUCAUUGUCAUGGACUGCCGCUACCCCUACGAGUUUGAGGGAGGACACAUAAAGGGCGCUCUGAACCUGCACCAGGAGGACCAGGUGGCGGACUUCCUCCUCAAAACGCCCAUCGUCCCAUCCUGCCCGGACAAACGCGUCGUCAUCAUCUUCCACUGCGAGUUCUCGUCGGAGCGGGGCCCUCGAAUGUGCCGCUUCGUCAGGGAGCGAGACCGCGCCGCCAACGAGUAUCCCAACCUCCACUACCCCGAGCUCUACAUCCUCAAGGGCGGGUACAAAGACUUCUUCCCUCAUUUCCAGGCCCAAUGUGAACCUCAGUCCUACCGGCCCAUGCACCACGAGGACUUCAAGGAGGACCUGAGGAGGUUCCGCCUCAAGAGUCGCACCUGGGCCGGGGAGCGCAGCAAGAGAGACAUGUACAGCCGGCUGAAGAAGCUGUGAGCGCCUCGUCGCCCCCCCAAACUGCCUCUACAACACACUGCCUCCCCCUGCACAGACUGGGUACAAGCUCCUCAGAGCCUAGGCCUCUCCCCACCAACCAGGAAAUACCUUUUGGGACCGUGUCAACGGAGGGAUUUUAAGUAGUCCUAAAAGUUUCAUGUAACUAUAGCAAAGUUAGUUAUUUAUGCAAAUUUUCAAAUGGGGAAGACUUUACAUGAACGCUUGAUCUGAAGCAGUCGUUGAGGUGCAGUGAAAGUAUUUUAUUAAGAAGCAAUGUGAUCGUUUUUUUAAAUCCACUUGGACCUACUGCCUGUUUUACCUUUUUUAUUUUUAUUCCGCUGGCAUUUGCAGCACAGAUCUCUGCCAGAUUGCAAUAAUACACACCAAACCACACUGCCACAUCAGAAGUUCGUCUCCUCACUGGAUAGGUCUUAUUUUGAUUACGUCGUGUCCCACCUUAUUGAAGCACUUAAUUUAAUACCUUGAAAUGGUGAGGUGCUUUUUUCUAUUGCUUUUUACAUCUUUUUGUGUUAUGAAUUGUUUACCCCCAGUUAGUCCCUGAUUUGUUUAUUUGCUCUACUAAAAAUGAGGGGGGGAAAUCUGAGUGAAUCAAUGUUCAAAACCUUUUUUCCAGCAUUUCACACCACCCGAUUGGCUCGAUUUUGCAAAUACCAAGAAAAAAACCAACCAUGGAUUAUCUGUACAAACCAGAAACUAAACUGUCCUGUCCUAAAAUGCUAAUAAGAUUUUACUGACUUGUUAAAGUUUUUUCCGUCUUCUACCUGAUGGGUUGCUAUACAUGGUCACUUGUUUUCCUGCUCAGAAGAUGCCAAAGCAAACAAGCUACCUGUUACUUUUGCAGUGAGAUUGUUCUGAUGCUGCAGGUCAGCAAGCGUGGGGAUGUUUGAUUUAAAACAUCACAACAACACUUUUGCUUUAUUCCUUAUUUUUAAAUUUUCAGAGUUAAAUUGUCUUCCCCUCCUGAGAGCUAAUGAUGUUGGUUUCUAAUGAAUGGGGUGGUUUUAAUAUUUUGGUACAGGCUUGUGGAGGAGCUGCUGAAAUAAAGAGCCAAUGUGUGUGU